AUGGAUUCAAGCAAGAGUACCCCUCCCGCCCCCCUGACCGACAUGGUCAACGAAGCACGGACUCGUCGUCCAGCAGGAGCCGCGUUGCCGCAGACAACGCCCAAAGUGCCGUAUCAGACACCACAGACCGUCCUCAAGAGACCCCUGGACACCGACGACAACGACGACAACGAUGAAGAUAAGAUGCCCGUUGUGGAGACACCAGCGGAACAAGGAGUUGUGGCACCCGUCCCAUCGCCCACCGCCCACUCUCCCGGCCGCUGCGAGUCGAAGGUCCGACAAAAGCUGGAAGGCCUCACCUUCGACAAUUAUGAGGAGACUUGUCGCCGCGAAGCCGAGCAAGCUGUGGCCAGGCCUGCCGCCGGUUCCACCACCCUCGAGGCUUUCGACAGCGAGCUCGCGGAAGAUGCGGACUUCGGCCUAGCCGUAAACAAUGGUCGUUUCGAUCCAUUCGCCUGCGUGUACGAGCUUCCUCGUCAGCCGGGUCGUGCUUUCGAGCCUGUCGUGGAGAAUGGACCAGGUACCUCAGUACUGGCCGCCGGUACCUACUGGGUUUUCCACGCGCGGAACAGCCUCGCCCAGCCAAACGAGGUGGACCGACGAUUCUGCGGCAUCAGCCGAGAGAGUCUGUCCCACAGCGAGGCGAUCCAAGUCUGCCGCAAGAUGUGCGACGCUCUCGACCGCUGGCCCGACAUGGAUCGCAUCUCCAAGCCCAAGGGCAGCCUCGGUGGACCCAGGAUGCGAACGACCACCUCGCUGUACAACGCCGCCUUGGCAAGCGUCCUGCCCGACAAGCCUCUUCGUCUCGGCCUUACUCGGUACGAGGAGAGGAAAGACGGUAGCAAGAGCCUCCGGUCGUACGUUGACUUCUUUGAUGCCAACCUCAAGCAUCAUAGGGCCAAAUUCUGGCAGUCGAGGGUCAGCGAGGACAACCCUGUGCCAGUUGUCCCAGACACUCGUGCAGUGUUCGAGAAGGACCCGGCGCUGCAGAAGCCAUCAACCGGGACACUUCUGGUUGACUUGUCGGAGGUGCCCGAGGCUGAGCACGCCCAGUUCAGGCAGGCUAAGAGCCGGCAGAACUUGGUCAUCUCGACCUGGACGCGCACGCAGCCCGUGAUCAACGUGGCCAAGGAGGUCACGGCGUUCCGCGAGCGCAAGAUCAACGCGUACGAGAGAGGCCAGACGGCGCUGCAAGGUGUCGAAUACAUCGCCUGGUUCUCGAGAUACCGGCGUCGAGAUGGCAACGUCUGGUGGAACUGUCGCACUCACCUACGGCGCAUAGUGUAUGCGUCGCGCCUACUGUACAGCGAUCAAAGCGUGGCGCCGGCGCACAUGACCAUCAAGUCGCCGCACUACGGAUGGUGGCUGCGCGUGAAUGAGGUCAAGGUCAAGACGUGGGCGGAUACCAGAAGCGUCAAGGCCACACAGGUUGCCAUGGCCGCUGAGAUCGAUCGGAUCAAUGCUCAGAUCGAGACGGAAGGCCUCCUCCUCGACAUCUGCACCGUGGACGGAGGAUGUGCGUGCCAGCAUAUGUGUGGUCAGUGUGGCGAGCAGGUCAAUUGCAGCGACCUUGCCAUGUGCAUCUACUCGGCCAUGAUGUCGUGUGGCCGUUGCAUCUCAAAGCGGGCCGGGCACAGGGCAAAUACGCCGUUUGUGAUCAGAGCUGUCGCGCGAAGUGUCCUCGGAAGCGCGUACCAUGAUGGUGUCCGAUUAGGCGCUAAGAUCCCGUCUCGAGUGCGCGCAGAUCUGAAGGCCUGGGCAAAGGAUCGGGACUUUGCAGAAAUCAAGUUCCAUGAUGGCGCAACGGGGAACACUCUUCCGUUUCCCAUUCAUGAGCUGCACAGUCCCUUCCGGCCAAGCGUCGACGCCGUCUUUCCGUUGGCUCUGCACGAUCGACAACCCGGGACAUACAUCCAUACUGUCGGUAAUGUGCUGGUGAUGCAGCUUGCGUUCAACUACCUCAAGCACACGCAUCUGCCGAUGCUGCUCACCAAGGUCGCUGAGCACUACCGACAGUACCUGGGAUUGCGGUCGCUGGCUGACGCAGGCGACAAUGACGCUCGUAUUGGUCUGAGUUGCCUGGAGACGAGGACGAUCAGGGACUGCCGGGAGCUCGCUGCGAUCCGCCGGAAGCUGCCGUACAAAGGAUCCGCGCGGAUGAGGCUCGACAUGAGCCAUGAGCAGCUCGAGUAUUUCCGGGAGGAAUGGCGGUCUGGCAAGCUGCACCCUGGGACGCCGUCGCCCGUCCAGCUCCAGUGGAUCCCUGCCCCCCGCUCCGCCGACAUCAAGGCAUUCACCGGUUCGUGGAUCCAGAACAGGGAGAGCGUCAGGCGGAUUGUGGCGGAGAUCGAGUCUUGGACUGGCGUCAAGCUCCCUCGGUCGGACGAUGGCUGCCCUUACUUCGGUCACAUUGCGACAAAGCCCAAGAACUGGUCGUGGAUGCAAUGCUUCCGUCUCAUCGUUUGCAGGUGGCGAAGGAUGCACGACUGGUGCAAUGGCUGCUGGGUCACCGUUGAUACGGUCAUCACCAUCUUCCUCGAAUGCAUCUUCCAGGUAUGCGUUCGGAAAAUGACCAUCCUCGACGGUGACCUGCUGGUCGAUAUGAAGCGCAGCCGUAAAGCCAAGUACGCCGAGUUCCUGGGGCUGCCGCUGAACGUUGAGAUCCGCGACCCGCUCAACUUCGUCGUGGCGCACCGAGUCCACGGUAGUCAAAUGCGCACUGGAUGGCCCGCCGACCCUCAGCACCUGGGCGACCGCGUCGAUGAGGAUAACAACAUCCUCAUCGAGACGCAGACGUCCAACUACUUCAAGAUGGACUUUGACGAGUCGUACUACGACGUCAUGCGCGAGGAGUUGGCCAAGAUCCAGAUGGGCCGUGAGUGGGUGGACGAUCGGGUGCAGCCAAGGCAGUACGAUGCUCGCCUGGAGAAGCUCGUGUACCGGAGCGGCCGCCCCGUCGAGGUCAAGGACGAUGAGCUAGUGGAGGAGGACGUGGCCGAGUUCAUGGAGUACGAGCUCGACGAAGAGGAGGAGAACGAAAUGCUGCGGGAAAAUGGCUUGGAAGAGGAGGGUCCAGAAAGCGACGAUGAAAGCGCUUGA